AUGCAGCACCCUGGUUCCUCAGCAGGCAUAUGUAAUGGGCUGUGUUUAAAUUUGUAUUCGGAUACAACUCUCCUUUCCUCAUUUGUUCCCAGCGUGGAGAUAGGCGAGAGUGUACGUGGGGAGGACGUCUACAUUGUGCAGAGCGGCUGUGGUGAAAUCAAUGACAAUCUGAUGGAGCUCCUUAUCAUGAUAAAUGCCUGUAAGAUUGCCUCAGCCAGCAGAGUCACAGCUGUCAUCCCCUGCUUCCCUUACGCUCGGCAGGACAAAAAGGACAAGAGUCGAGCUCCAAUCUCUGCCAAGCUGGUUGCAAACAUGCUGUCUGUGGCAGGUGCAGAUCAUAUAAUCACCAUGGACCUGCAUGCAUCUCAGAUUCAGGGUUUUUUUGAUAUCCCUGUUGAUAACUUAUAUGCUGAGCCUGCUGUACUGAAAUGGAUCAAAGAGAAUAUUGCAGAGUGGAAGAACUGCACCAUUGUUUCACCAGAUGCUGGUGGAGCCAAGAGAGUGACCUCCAUUGCUGAUCGAUUGAAUGUAGACUUCGCCCUCAUUCACAAGGAGCGCAAGAAGGCAAACGAAGUGGAUCGCAUGGUCCUGGUGGGUGAUGUGAAAGACAGAGUGGCCAUUCUGGUAGAUGAUAUGGCAGACACAUGUGGUACCAUCUGUCAUGCUGCAGACAAGCUCGUGUCAGCAGGAGCCACCAAAGUUUAUGCUAUCCUAACUCACGGGAUCUUUUCUGGGCCAGCAAUCUCUCGAAUCAACAACGCCUGUUUUGAGGCAGUUGUGGUCACAAACACGAUACCCCAGGAGGACAAGAUGAAGCAGUGCCCUAAAAUCCAGGUGAUUGACAUCUCAAUGAUCCUUGCAGAGGCCAUCAGGAGGACUCAUAAUGGGGAAUCUGUCUCCUACCUAUUCAGCCAUGUCCCUUUAUAACAAGAGAUGUCAGCUGCUGCUUGUAUGGCUUUUUUUUAAAACCAAAAGUUGUUCAGCUUGUUGUAAAGUUCAGUAGAAGACUCUGCUUGUUCCAGUGCAGUUCUCCACAGCUCCUCCUGCUUAAGUCAGCCUUACUGGCUCUGAUCCCAGCACUGGGAGGCUGGAGGGGAGAAGCUCAUCUCUAACACUCCAACUCCACCAGCAACCCUGUGCACUGGGGCUCAUCAGUAACACUGACUCAGCUCUGCAGGUCUGUGGAGAGCGGGACUGACACAUGGCUAAUUGCCACAAUUGUUUUGGGGGAGGG